AUGACUUUUCAGGUUAACGUCCCAGUUGGAAAAGCACAUCCGGGUGAAACGGCACCAUAUCGUUCUUAUCUCGUGAAAGAUGGUGCUGUCUCUCGCCCAAUUGGAUGGAAAUGCAACACUCUAUUUGAAUUUUUACAAGAGUGUGUCGAAGUGAAUGGCAAAGAUGUAAAGUGCCAGGGUUGGCGUGAUCUUAUUGAUAUCCACUACGAGAAGAAAUUGGUCAAAAAGCUGAUUGACGGAAAUGUUACCGAGGUUGAAAAAGAGUGGAUGUAUUACGAGCUUUCGGAUUACAAGUAUAUCACAUACGGAGAAUUGCAGGAUAUUGUUCUGACUUUGGGUCGUGGUCUAGUUAAACUUGGUAUUACACCGGGAAAUAAGGAUCGUAUAUUGAACUUUGCCUCUACCUCACACAAGUGGAUAAGAAUGUUCUUUGCUUCUAUUACACAGGGUAUUCCGGUUGUUACCGCUUAUGAUUCUUUGGGAAUAAAGGGAUUGACUCAUUCUAUACAGCAGACCCAUUGUGUUGCAAUUUUCACUGACAAUAAUUUAUUAAAAAAGUUGGUUGGUCCUCUUCAGAACUCCCCAGAUGUUCGAUACAUUAUAUGUUCUGAUGCCAUUGUGGAGACAGAUAAGCGUGGAGGUGGUCGACUUUACAAAGAUGCAAAGGCCGGUGCCGAUGCCAUUCUUGCGGUUAGGCCCGAUAUUAAGAUUAUUAUGUUGGACGAAGUUUUGGAGAUGGGAAAGCAGAAUCCAGAUAUUGAGCCAUACACAUCAAAACCUGAUGAUUUGGCUUGUAUAAUGUACACUUCGGGUUCUACUGGAGAUCCAAAGGGUGUGGUUUUAUCCAAUGCAAACAUUGUGGCCGGUCUUGCCGGUGUGUCAACCACCAUUCGCCGUGGAUUUAUUGGAUACGGUGACAGGGUGAUCAGUUUUUUGCCGUUGGCACAUAUAUUUGAGCUCGUUUUUGAAUUGCUGAGCUAUUAUUGGGGUAGUAUUGUUGGAUAUGCAAGCGUGAAGACUCUUACCGACAACUCCUGUAGAAAUUGUGGAGGUGACAUGAAAACGUUCAAGCCUACAAUUAUGGUUGGGGUUGCUGCUGUCUGGGAAACUGUGAAGAAAGGUAUCUUGCAUCAGGUUAAAGCCAUGCCAUCAUUUAAGCAGAAAAUGUUCUGGGCUGCCUACAACACUAAGGCCGCCUGCAAGAAGUACUCGAUCCCAAUUGUUCCUUCCAUUCUAGACAGUAUCAUAUUCAAGAAGAUCAAGGAUGCCACAGGAGGAAGCUUAAGAUGGACUUUGAAUGGUGGAUCACCAAUAUCCGGCUCAACACAGAGAUUCAUUUCAUAUACCAUUGCGCCAAUGCUGAUUGGAUAUGGGUUGACUGAAACAUGUGCCAACACGUGUGUGACAGAUCCAUCACACUUUGAGUUUGAUGUUCCUGGACUUCUUGUUGGAUCCGUGACGGUGAAGUUGAUUGAUGUUCCAGAAGCUGGUUACUUUGCCAAAAACAAUCAAGGUGAGGUUUUGAUCAGAGGUGCCUGUGUCAUGAAAGAGUACUACCAAAAUGAAACCGAAACUAAGCACGCUUUUAAUUAUGACAAAGGUUGGUUCUCUACUGGUGAUAUAGGUCAGUGGAUGUCCAAUGGAGCAUUGAAGUUGAUCGACAGAAAGAAGAAUUUGAUUAAGACGUUGAACGGAGAGUACAUUGCACUUGAGAAAUUAGAAUCCAUCUACAGAUCCAACUCGUUAAUCGGAAACAUCUGCUGUUAUGCUGAUGACACUAAAGUCAAGCCUAUUGCUAUUGUUGUUCCAGAGGAGAAAUCAUUCAAACAGUUGGUUGUUUCCCUUGGUCUUGCAAAGAGUACCGCGGAAGUCCAACUCGCUGACUUCGUUGUGAACAAAGAUAUUUGCAGAGCUGUUACCAAGUCUCUUUUGGCAACUGGUAGAAAGGGUGGAUUGACUCGUAUUGAGUUGAUUCUUGGUGUUGUCAUUGUUGAUGAUGAAUGGACCCCAGAAAAUGGUUUCGUUUCAAGUGCGCAGAAAUUACAAAGAAGAAAGAUUGUCGCUUCUGUGAAAGACCGUAUUAAUGCUUUGUACGCAGAGAACGAGUAA